UGGAGCUAGUCUCCGUUCUUCCGAACCCGUCGCGACCGCAACAGCUUCUCCGGACUCCCUGGGCAUCAGCUGGUCCUCGCAGUCGUCGCUCCGUGCGUACAAAUAGUGUCGAGGAAGCCUCGGUCGCGUGCACCAAUGCCUUGCCAUCCGCAUUCUGCCGCUCCCUCUCCUCUUUGAUCCGCGCCCAGCCGCCGCCGCGGGAAGCAGGGGGGUCACCACGGAUGGUCUUCGCCCUGGCCAUCGGACUCGCCACGCGGGAUGAUCUAUGGAUGAAUGCGGGGCUCGUGCGUGGUGCACUGGGUAACCCAGGGGCUUGGCGAUGUCUGGGUCAUCACGAAUUGCUCACCGGAGCAAUUUGUACUGCCGCAUACCACACCUCGCCAUGGCCGCCUGUCGGGAGAGAAGAAAGGAGGGGAUUCCGCCGCCGCCGAGCCCCAGUUCAAGCUCUUCUUCACUCGCAUCUCCGGACCGCCUCCCUGGGAGCUCCAUGGACGAUGGCUUCUGCUGCGCCACCACGGGUCGAACAGAGAGAAAACGAAGGAGAGAGAGAGCGGAGGGCUCUGCGUGGUCACAGCGGCUCCUCAUCGUCGAUCCGGAUCCGGGGAAGCCGACCGAGACCUCGCGGCGGAACCUACGUCGUCGCAGCGCGGGGAAUUUCUCGGCGGACGACGGGGGAAGCACCGCGCCUCUGGUCGUCGCGGACUGCCUCACCUACAUCAAUAUUCUGGGUCAAGAGCAGGUACCGCAGGAUGAGGCGCUUGGAGGAUGCUGCGAUGUGUUCGUGAGAGGUCUAGGCCGUCGUCUCCCAGUCAACUUUGGGUUGCUGGACCGUUGUCUCCUUAUAAUGUAACUAUUAUUUGUAUAGAACUCCUGUUAUAUAUAAAGAUGUGACAUUCGAUCC